UGUAACUGGUAUCAAACCACAAGGUUGAAGCCAAACUACAAUGGAGUCCAUCACGAAAGAACCUGUAAGCCCCACGGGACAAUACUUGAAUAGCUCAGCUCUUUCCCUUUCAAUUCUUGGUGUUCUUGAAUUUGAAGUGCCAAUUGAUAAUCUGCCGGUUAUGUCGUUGAUCAAGGAUUUGUUUCUCCCCAUCAACCCACGUUUCUCCUCCAUCAUGGUUGUAGACGAAAACGGAGAGAAACAAUGGAAGAGAGUCGAAGUUGAGCUCCAUAACCACGUAAAAAUGCCCAUUUUCCCCUCUGGACUUUCACCAGAAUUUUAUGAUAAAUACUUUGAUGAUUAUAUCUCAAAAAUAGGAAUGGAACAGUUUCGAAGAACCCGACCUUUGUGGGAAAUUCAUGUAAUCAAAUACCCAACAACCACUGCGGCCGCUGUUAUGAUAUUCAAGCUCCACCAUUCACUUGGCGAUGGGUUCUCUUUAAUGGGAGCUCUUCUUUCAUGUUUACAAAGGGCUGAUAAUCCUUCCCUCCCCUUGACAUUUCCUUCAGUUCAUUUACACUCCAACAGAAACGGUAGCAAUAAUAACAACAUAUUGAAGAGUGUGUCAAAGGUUUUGUCUGUGAUUUCUAUGACAGUAUCGGACUUUAGUUGGAGCAUUAUAAAGAGUACUCUGGUUGAAGAUGAUAAAACUCCGAUACGAUCAGGAGAUGGUGGAAUUGAGUUUCGGCCGACGACGACAGCAACAAUGAUUUUCUCUCUUGAUAAAAUCAGGCAAAUUAAGACCAAACUCAGAGCGACUAUAAAUGAUGUUAUUACGGGAAUAAUCUUCCUGGGAACUCGGUUAUACAUGCAAGAGAUGAGUCAGGACUCGAGCAAAGCACAAUCUACAGCAGUAAUAUUGCUAAACACCAGGGUGUUUCGAAGCUACGAAUCAGUAAAAGAUAUGGUCAAACCUAAUGCCAAGGCACCUUGGGGGAAUCGUUUUGCCUUCUUGCAUGUUUCCAUACCUCACUUAACGGAUGAUGCUACAUCUUCAAACCCUUUGGAAUUUGUUUUGAAAGCACAACAAAUCAUUAGUGCCAAGAAAAACUCUUUAGCUGUUUACCUCACUGCUCAGCUUCUUGAGAUCUUGAAGAAAUUUAAAGGCCCUGAAGCAGCAGCUGGAUUUAUCCAUGGAACUUUAAAGAACACGAGCAUGGGAAUCUCAAAUCUAAUGGGGCCCGUGGAACAAAUGGCUCUGGCUAAUCAUCCAGUGAGAGGCUUGUAUUUCACAGUGGUUGGUGUACCUCAGAGUCUUUGCAUAACAAUAGUAAGUUAUACGGGAAAGCUAAGGGUUGCUGUGGGAGCAGAAAAAGGCUUCAUCGAUACCCCAAAGUUUAAGUGUUGCGUAGAGAAUGCAUUUCAGAUGAUACUCAAAGCUGCAUGUGAAAGUACUGGUACUCCUCAACACGUUAGAGAGUGACACAAAAAUGUCUUCCCCAUUAAUUGGCUUCCUUGAGGGCUAAUUAAGCUACUGUUCUCUUACAUACGCCAUGUCAUUAUCAAAAUGUUUUCAUUAAUUUAUUGUUUCCAUUUGUAUUAAUUUAUACUACCUAUUGUCUCGUAUUAUGUCCU